AUGGCGCCGCCGUCGACGCCGGAGCUGGCCGCCGGAGAAGUGACGUCGGCGGCGUGGAUGGUGGAACGGGCGGCGGAGGAGCUGCGGGCUCUGGAGGAUCACCACCCGCACCGCUUCGGCUGCAUCAAGCUCGAGCUCAUGGCCUUCAUCGCCGGUUCCUCCCCUCCCUCCGCCGCCCCCGUCGCCACCCAAGGUGAAUGCGCCGCCCGUUAUUUCUUCUUCUAUUUAUCGCCUCGGUGACCCACUUCAUGGACCGCAGAGUCGUCCAACCGGAAGAGGAAGGCAGCGCCGGGGACGCCGCCGCCGAGGCGGUGGAGGGCCGCCGGCGGCGGGGCGCAGGCGGCGCUGGCGAGGGCGGAGGAGUGUCUGAGGAAGAUACGACGGGUGAAGGAGCUCCUCAUCGCCGGUGGGUGA